UCUUGGCCCCGCCCCCUCCCCGCGGUUUGUUCUCCGAGGUUUCUCAAGAUGGCGGACGCGGGUCAAUUCGCGGAAAACGGCGGCUCCGGGGCGGCCGCCGAUGGCUUCGACGGCGCCUUCUACAGCUUCAGCGGCCAGGGGGCGAGCGAGGCUUCGUUCGGUGGCGGAGGCGCCGAGGUGAAAAGUGGGGCGGCCGGAGGAGGCGGCGGCGGCGGCGGCGAGGCCGGCGGCCAGGCCUCGGGUCGCCUGGGGGACGGGAGCCGGGAUCAGCAGCAGGCGGCGAGCACGGCUCCUCCACCACUGCCUGCCCCGGUGAAGGAAGUGGAAGGCUCAAAGAUCAACGCCAGCAAGAAUGAGGAGGACGAGGGGAAGAUGUUUGUUGGUGGACUCAGCUGGGAAACAAGCAAGAAAGAUUUAAGGGACUACUUUUCUAAAUAUGGAGAGAUUGUAGACUGCGUAAUCAAAAUGGAUCCUGUGACUGGGCGCUCGCGAGGAUUUGGGUUUAUCCUCUUCAAGGAUCCUGAAAGUGUAGACAAGGUAGGAUUCUGUGUUCACUGCCAGUUUUUAACCUGAUUGUAUCCAGGUUAA